AUGGCACGAUCAGAACAUACGGACUGCGGAGUCUCCAACCCUUCUGCAGAAGCAGAAGCCUGCGUCCAACCAUGUUGCAGCCGCAGAAGCAGUUUGGCUCCCAACACUCAUCAACAUCUUUGUAGCACUAGGGGCCAAGGCGGCAGCCCCCAGGCCUCCAGGAAUGCUGGAGCUUCACGACCCUCUGGAGUUCAUGUGAGUCCACCCACUGCGGGAGGAUCCCAUGAAGAUGCCUUGAAGCCUAAGAAGAAGCAGCGGGCAUUUGACUGGAGCCGGGCGCGCUUACAGCGCGUGCUGUUAAAAAUCGCAUACAACGGCGAGAACUAUGCCGGGCUUGCAGCUCAAGCAGAUGAUUCGGACGUAGUUACAGUGGAAUCCGUCAUAUUCAAAGCAAUGGAGAGGGCCUGCCUCAUCCCCAGCCGGUCUGCUUGCAACUUUUCACGUUGUGGCCGGACAGAUAAGGGUGUACAUGCAGCCGGGAACUACAUUUCUCUUAACAUGCGGAUCCUGUGAGUUGACCUUCAGGAAAAAGGUGGAUGUUGUGGAGCCUACGUAUCUCUGCUGAACCGCCUGCUACCCCCCGAUAUUCGCAUCCUCGCUGCCACUCCAGUCCCUCCUACGUUCGAUGCACGGUUUGAUUGCAUGUUUCGAUUGUAUAAAUAUUACUUUGAGACAGCCGGUUUGGACAUUCAGCUGAUGCAGACGGCGGCCAGACAGUUUAUUGGAUUGCAUAACUUCCUUCGCUUCUGCAAAAUCGACAAGAAGCAGGAUAGGAACCUUUGGCGGCGUAUCCUUCGGUUCGAGAUAGAGACUCAGGGAGAGGGUUUUGCCGUAGCGACCAUCGUCGGAGUCUCCUUUUUGUGGCACCAGGUGCGAUUCAUGAUGGCUGCACUUCUGGAGGUGGGAAGGGGAACCCGGCCUAUAAGCUUCAUUUCGUCUCUCUUGAGGGAGGGGAAGGACGCGGACGCUGCCCGUGAACAUAGUGGUGGUGGUAGAGCUAUUGCUGGCAGUGAAAGCACAAGGACAGAUGACAGGGACCAUGGAAAAAAAAGUUGUGGCGGGGAAAGGGCCCUGCACCCUGCCCCCGCAUGCAGCCUGGUGCUCUACGACUGCUGCUUCGAAGGGCUAUACUUCCAGCGCAAUGGAGUGAUAAACCGUCUGAACUCUGGCUCCAAAAGUGCAUCCUUGCAGGUUUUAAGAGAAACGAAACAGCCUACAACCGACCAGCAGUCACAUGGGCUCGAUGCACAAAACUCGAAGACGGCGGCUCCUAAGUGGAUCGGGAAUGACAAAGGAAAGAGGCCUUCUUGCCUUCAGCUUACACAAACCCCGGGAUGCACAGAGGAAUCGCGCAGCUUCCAGGAGGAAUACGCUCGUUCUGCGCGUCGAUUGCUGAUUCUGAAGUGCUUGUGCGAUCAUUCUUUUCCACCCUGGUGA